CACAGGUGACCGCGGACGCUCUGAGUUGUGACAACUUGACCGUCAAAACGAAAACAAAUUGGCUAAGUGUCAUCGGUUACACACGCGCUGUCGGUGUGUGGAAAUACGGGGAAAGUCAAACCUUUUAAACCUUGGUUUAAAACUCAGCUUGUGAUAGUUUCUGACGGACUUGGUGCCAGAAUAUAUAGAAGUGGCCACGCACUUUUUUUUCCUCCUGAGCUUGACUCUUAUUUUGUACUGUCUGACCUUCAGAGCGGACAUGUAGUCAGCAGCAUAAGCAGAGCACACACUACUUUGUGAACUCUUAUUUACUCUCAAACAGCUUCCACUACCUCUCGGGCUGGACUGUGGUGCAUUAACGUCAGCUCGCCCUCCCCUGCCCCCCCGCCCCUCAGCCAUGGCCUCACGCAUUGGCUUGCGGAUGCAGCUGAUGCGAGACCAGCUGCAGCAGGAGGAGCAGCGUGAGCGGCAGCAGCUACAGCAGCAGCAGAAUGCAGCCCUGCAGUACAUGCAGAACCACAUGGCUGGGCCACCUGCACCCACCCCAGCCAUUAGCACUCCACAACAUUACCAAAGCAUGCAGGUCCCCAUGGAGGUUCUGAAGGUACAGACUCACCUUGAAAAUCCUACAGACUACCACAUCCGUCAGUCUCGAAGACAGCAAGUGAAAGAAUACCUGUCAACCACCUACGCUACCAAACAGGCGGUCAAUGCAGUAGCGGGGCUAAUACCACCCUCGCCUCCCACAAACAUGGGACCUGCAGGGGGUUCAGCAUCUGCACCCCCACCUCUCCAGUCCCCACACAUGCGCACCGAGCAGCUUAUGUCUGGCAACAGUGCCCCCAACAGCCCGAUGGCCAUGCUCAACAUUGGUUCCAGCCACGAGAAAGAGAUGGAUGAGGUCAUUGAUAACAUCAUCAGUAUGCAGUCCAAUGAUGAGUAUUUUCAAAGUUUCACUGAUGCUGUCCAAAUGUCAAACACACUCCCUCUUUCUAGCAGUCACCUAGAUGUGUAUGCAGGUCCUGGCAUGAAGGGUCCAGCCAUUGCUAUGACCAGCAACUCCUGUCCUGCCAAUCUGACCAUCAAGCGAGAACUCUCAGACGCAGAAGCCCGUGCGCUGGCCAAGGAGAGACAGAAAAAAGACAACCACAAUCUGAUUGAAAGGAGGAGGAGAUUCAACAUUAAUGAUCGCAUUAAAGAGCUGGGCACCAUGAUCCCCAAAACCAAUGACCUUGAUGUGCGCUGGAACAAAGGCACUAUAUUGCGGGCAUCUGUAGAGUACAUCAAACGUAUGCAAAAGGAUGCACAGAGGACAAGAGAAGUAGAGAACAACUUCAAAAGGAUGGAGAUGGCCAACAAGCAGCUGUUGCUGCGCAUCCAGGAGUUGGAGAUGCAGGCUCAUCUGCAUGGCCUGCCCAGCAACUCUCCCUCUGGCCUGAACACGGGUGACAUUAUGGGUUCUUAUAUAAAACAAGAGACCAGCCUAGAGGAGAACCAUUCUCACCCCCAGGCACAAGCACACCACCAGCACCAGCAUCUACCCCAUAACCAGGCUCAUCCCCAGGCCCAGCAGCACCAGUUCCUCUCCCACACACACUUCCACCCUCAGGGCCAGGCCCAGCCCGAACCCAGGCAGCUGCCACCAGUCCCACAGCAUCUCCAGCCUCAGCCUCCCAUUCAGUACCCAGCUGUGGGCAGCUCCCAGCACUUUGACUUUGCCCAGUCGCUGGACUUGUGCGAUGGGAUAUCAGGGUUUUCAGAUGGCAUGUCUGGGCUGGGUGACCUGGGUGGACUUGACGUCCAGGCGAGGAGAGGCGACCUAGGUUUCCUUAUGAUGGACGAGCCUUUGUCCCCUAUGGGUGGAGACCCGCUGCUCUCAGCGAUGUCCCCUGAAGCGUCUGUCGACUCCAGCCGCAGAUCCAGCUUCAGCAUAGAGGACGGAGACAUAAUGUAGACAAGCAUGCAUUCGCUCAGUCAAACACACGAGGUUUCGCAUAGAUUGUAGUAAACAUAAAUAUCACGUUUGCAAAACACAAAAUGCGUACAUUACAUACACAGAAAUGAUUCAGCCCCCAGACAUGACAUCAUUUAUAUCACACAGUUUCAGGAAACACCAGUGACACUCCUUUGUGGUACAUUUAACUUCCCCUCGGUGUCAUUAGAGACAGUACACAUUCAUCACAAACAUUCACGAGCGUAUAAACCGACACGCACACAUACACCCACACACAUAAGUGCAUGUGAGUUUAACUGAGCAGCUUAAAACUUUGCCCAACACACUGAGCAUUUACAAGGUGUGAACCAGCACUGCCAGGUCAGGAGUUAUAUGGCACAAUUGGCCUUGUUUCCAUAAAGGUGGCCCUGAAUCAUAAUUGCACAAGGGACAAAACACCCAGUUAAUUAGACUGCCAUUAUCAGAUACAAGAACAAACCAAGUGCAUCAUCACACACGAAGAGGACAAGUUAUUUGCCCCUAACAUCAGCUCCUUUUAGUAAUCAUAAACGAUUGAAUGAACAAUAGAGAACAAAAUGGAAAUGGCUUUAUGGCCCUGCAUGCAUAAUUUAUCUUGAGGGGAUGCAGUGCAGUCACAUUGUUCCCUUCCUCAGGCUGUUAGUUGGCCUCAGGUUUUAGCCGUUUGGUGUUGGACAAAACUUUGUGUUAGCCUGCUCAAGUGUCUAUAUGUAUCCAUAUCUUGGGGAAUAUUGCCAAAAAAAACCCUGAAGUUUGCUGCAAAAGGUGGAUAAUUCAGCUUUUAGCAAAGGCCUUUAUAUUUACUUGUCGAGCUGAAAUUGUCAUCUUCUGAAAAAAUGCAUGCACAGGCAGUCACGUAGCGUUGCCCACCUUUAUUUUUUUAGCACCUCCAGCACUGUCGCAAUCUUUACUCAACACUGUAAAGUCUGUUGACUUUGGAGUGGGGGUAGAGAAAACGCACUGGAUGGCCAUCAAAAAUCUGAGGGCCAUCCAUUUCUGUGAGGUGUCAAAACACUCAGGUACUGUAACAGAAUACACAAGCAGGCUUUUAAAUAGAAGUGGAUGUUAACCUGAAAUAUGUCAGGGCUGUAACCCCUGUCUGUUUGUGCCUUUUUACUUUUGCUGCUCCUCUUCAAAGGCACGUGUUUAUGGGUCGGAGGUCUUCAGCUUUGACUCUGUAUCACAUUCAUCUAUACCUGUAAAUGCUUUAGAAGUUGCUUCUGCAUCAGUGUGACCUUGUAAGCACAGGAGAUACAGUGAUUUCCUCCCACUAAGUGACCUUUUAAGGUCUAUAUAUAGGGCGAGGUGAAAGAAAGAAUUGACAUGUUUAAAUAGUUUAAUAGUUUGAGAUACAGGAUAUGCAAAAUUGCUGGCUUUGUCUGUCUGUUGGUGUCGCCAUUCCGGUCAUUCAGGCAUUGGUAAUUUAUUCAUGUUCCACACUGUUUCAUCCAAGCGUCACCCAAAGCAAACCUGUGUAUUCAUUCAGACAUGAAGCCAAAAUGUUAAGGACCUGUCAAAUUAAUGGAACAGAGUGCAUGUCUGAAGGAACUAGAAGUGUUAGUUCUGUCUGUCAGCAGCCGUAGGCUUGUCUUUAUGACAUUAGAACACACUUGCAUGUAUUUGUGGUCACACUCACUUCACAGACAUGCACACUUUCACCACAAACGAUCACUUAGGUAUUACAGUACUCACAGGCAGGUGUGUCCAUUUUUUUUGUUUCAUUUUGUUUUUUUGGACACUGAUGUGAUUUUUAUUAUUUUUAGCUGUGUACCAAAACAUAUUCAAGUUACAGUUACAAGGGGUUAAGGUGCAGAUUGUCAACUUUAUUUUGAGGGGUUGAACAAAAAUAUUGCAUUUACCUUCAAGAAAUUACUGCCUUUUUUUAUACACUAUUUUCAGGGAGGCAAAUUGAUGUAACUGUAAAUUCAGUUCUUUAAUAUCUUGUUGAGGUUCCUUUGCAGGCAAUGACUGCCUUAAGUCUUGAACUCAUGGACUAAAGCAGGGAUUCUUCCUGUAUUUUCUUUCAAAACUGUUCAUCAUCUGCUUUUUUUUGCCAAACUUCUCCGGUACAUUCUUCUCUUUUUUUUUUUUAUCAGAAUGUACCGAGCUUUCACUGCCUCUCUCAAGGUUUGUUUUGUUUUUGUACCCUAAGGCCGAUCCGUUUGACUUUUUGAGCAACAAAUUCCAAAUGCAAAUGCCACAGUUGAAAUCAUCUCCAAGACUUUUUAUCUGCUUAUACAAUGAAGAAAUGACUGUGUGAAAUGGCUGUAAUUCCUCACCGGCUGAUGCAAUAUUUCUGUUUAGAGUCUGCACUGUAAUACCGUCUUUUCUUCGAAUCAUUUGUUGUGACUCGCAGAGGCAAGAUUGUGAAAAAUGUGCCACUGUCCACAUAUGCCUGGAGGUAACUGUAAAUGAACACAAAGUGGAGUGAGGCAGUUUUUCAGAAGAGCCCACUGCUUCACUCUCUUGCCUCGAGAUUCACAUGAAGCUGCCAGCUGCAGAGGUAAAGCUCAGGUCUGCUGUUCAAACUGUCACCCAAUGGUGAUUCAUUGCUCCAGCUGUCAAAGUGACGACUGGAGCAGGUUGUGCUCAACCUGUGUCGUAUCUCUGCUGUGGUAGACCUGGGGCUUACCUUUGAUUGAUAUAGUUUAUGAUCAGAACAGAAAUCUAUUUAGUGAACAUACUUUCAAGGGGGUUUGUUUUUGAUUAAAAGAAGUGUCUGUUUUCUUUAUUAUUUAGUUUGUUUAUUGUAUUUCCCAAAGCACUGAAAGAAAUGACAUUAUUGUUUUUACUUUGUACAUGGAAGAAAUAUGGAAUAAGAUUUACUUCAGAUGUUUUAUGCCAUUUAAAUGUAUUUUAUUUGUAUUUGAUAUUUUAGUUCUAUUUCAAUUUUAUUCCGAAACAACCCUUUCUUCUCAGAGCCAUAUUCAGGAGGUGUACUGUACAGGCAUUUAAACAAUGUUUUAACUGGAGUUGGGGAACCAUUUAUAAACUUCAAGAUUUCAGCUGAUUUUAAAAGAGAUUGUGUAUAUUUCUGAUGUAUGAUUGGGAUUUUAUUUAUCUCUCUUUUCACUUUGAAAUUUGGAUCCAGACAUAGAUGAAGAGUGAUUUUUUUUUUUUUAUCAUUGGACUGAAAUCAAGUUGCUCAUUUGAUGAAUGUAAAGGCUUACCAGUAGUUCUUGUCAGACUGAAGAACAUUGUUUUUAUAGUUUAUUUUUUUGCCCUACCUGCCUCCUGAUUUUCUGUCUUUGGUUUCCAUGGAGACUGGAAGCUGAUUGACUUCAGUUAAACUAGGCCAGGGAUUUGUGACUCUCCUGACGUUGUACCACUUUUUGUCAUCAUCCGGGGACGAGCCUUUUCCCGUCAGCUACAGUUUGACUGUUGUUGUUCAGUCAUCCAACUAGAGCUCCUCCCUUUAUUUUUCCACUAGAGGGCGCUCUGCAGAACAAAGGGGGAAGGUGGUUGUGAAUUUAAUGACGUUAUAAAAAAACAUUUUAGAACCCAUACACUGGCUGAAAGUUUUAUUUUCCUUUUGUUUUUUCUGACAUGAGAAAUGUGUGUGAGUGUUACUCACAAAAAAAUAUUUCUACGCAGCCCUUAUUUUAGAUAAAAAUUAAAAUACCCCUUCAUUCCAAAACAGACACCACAGGUUUUGCCUUCACUGUGACGAAUGAAAGUGUCUCUAAAUUUGAUGCUUGCGUGUGCCAUUAGAAAUAUUCUAUGUGCAACUUUUGAGUAAGGUGGAAACUUGAAGCAUGCAAUGCAAAUCCACUGAUAAUGGACUUCAGCCUUUAGCAAAGUCAGUAGCAUAUUGUAUUUAGCAGUUAUUUUGAAAUGAAUAUAUGGCGUAUUCACACAUUGUGGAUUUGUCAGUGGGCAGGAGGAGAGAUUUUGUUUGUAUACUCUGUCACUGGGUUAUUUAUUAAAAAAUAAUCAUUCAAAGCAGUAUUUUUAUAUCAUCUUACAAAAAAUAUUUUAAAUUGACAUGGUAAAUGGGGGAAGAAAUAUGUGUACACUUUGUAUCCCUGCUGAAUUUUGGCCAAAAAACAAAGACACAGCUGACUGAGAAAAAAUGGAUAUUUGUUGGUACAGUGUCAUUGAAGCAUGGUUAUGUAACCUACUGACCAAUACCAAUGUAAGACAAUGACUACAAGUGAAUUAUAGUUUUAUGUGCAUAAAUUCAA